AAAAAACCAUCUUCUUUUUUUUUGUUGUCAACGUCUUAAAAAAAACUACCUCAAUAAUGGCAACCAAUUCUCACCACUUAUUCAUGGAAUCUUUCAAAACUCUUGUGGCCUUUUCAAAUUCCCCCUAUUUAAUUUUUAACUUAGGGUUUUUACAAAUCAUCCUUUCUUCGUGAAUUGCUUCCUGUUAAUUCUCAAACUCGUUAAACAUUUUAGGGCCUCGAAAUUUUGAUCGAGCUCUAAACACUAAGAUAUCGUUUUCGGUUGUCGAAGUUGAAGUUCGAUUUAAUUUAGUUGUUGUUCGUAUUUGGUAUUGCUGAUUCCUUGAUUAUUGGUAAUUUGGGUGUGUUUUGUGACGAAUUAAGUUUUGAAUUAAGUUUCAGUGUGUUUCAGUGUAGUCGAAUUAAGUUUUAAUAGACGAAGGAAAAAGUAAGGAUUCAACAAGGUUGAAAAGGAGAUUGCAAGUUUUGAAUCAGAAAAAUUUUAGGGUUUCGAAUAGCGAUUGAGCUCUGGACAUUAAGAUCGCUUUUUCGGUUGUUGAAGUUGAUGUUCGAUUGUUCCGGUUUGUAUUUUGCAUUGCUAAUUUCGUAAAAUAAAUUUUUAGUGUUGAUAUAUCUUAUAAUCAGUACAGUUUAGUUAAAAUUUAAAAGAUGAAGGAGAAAAUGAAGAAUCCAAGAAGUAAGAAAAAGAGAUCGCAAGUUUCAAAUCAGAAAAAUAGUAGUAAUUGUUCUUCUUCUCCGUCUGAAAUUAAUAGUAAUGAUGUUAAUGGUGAUAUUAGUGUUGGAGAAAAGAUCAUACUCAGUUUAGUGGAAGCAUUUUCAUUGGUUUCCAUUGAACAAGCUGAGAAUGCUUAUAAACAAGCAAAUGGUGAUCCAAAAAAAGCAGCUUUAAUUUUAAGUGGAUUUUCUGAAAAAUCAGAGCUCUUUGAUGCUAGUUGUUCUAGUUCUAAUAAAAGUUUUGGUUUUGAUUCUAAUUCUAAUUCAUCAGAAGGAUUCUUGGAAUCAAACAGUUUGUCCGAGGGUAGCUCUGGUAGUAUUUUCCAGAGUUCUAAGGGUAGUAGAGGGCCAAUUAGAGGGAAAAAGGUUGUGGCUGCAGCAGGAACUGUUUCAACUAUGCUGGGGAAAGAUUAUGUCACAUCGAAUCCAAGGAAAGAGGUUGUAAAGGAAAAAGGGUUGGAUCAUGCAAAGGUAAAUGUCGAGGAGGCUGAACAAUUUUUGUGUUCUAUGCUUGGAGAUAAUUGUGAACUCGGCAUGGGUGUUGUUAGAGACGUCCUAUGUAGCUGUGGGCUUGAUGUUGAGAAGGCCCUUGAAGUAUUACUUGACUUAGCUGCGCCAGUUUGUGAAACUUCUUGGAGUGAUAUGUAUUCUAGUUGCAGCUUAAGCUCCAGCUCAAGCACUACUGAAUAUUCUAGAAAUAUAGAUUGUAUUGAUAAUUUUUGGCAGCCAUGUGAUGGAGGAUAUGAUUCAAAUUCACAUUCCUCUGAAAGUGACAUGCAGAGUAGUGCACGGUUGCUUGACUUUAAUGGCAGGAGUUAUGCUGAAGCUUUAGCUUCUUCGGAGUCUUCUAGUCAGCAGGCUGCAGCAAAUCUAAGAAAUGAUGGAUCUGAGCUGCCACGACAAGUUUUGGAAUCUUUGUUUAGUAUGCCCAAGAUUUCAGAGUGCGAUCCACCUGCCAUGAGCUGGAAGAACAUUGUUAAACAACUUGAGUCUUUUGCACAUAAGCGAGUUCGACUUGAGCCUUCUAGCUUUAUGGCAGAAGAGUUGAACACACAAGCAAAAGGAGAUGAAUAUCGUUUUUUUAGGGACACAGCCCGACAGCAAUGGGAUAAAAUGAGAACCUGUUACCAAAAGGCUGCUGCUGCAUAUUCCAAUGGAGAAAAGAGCUAUGCUACUUACAUGUCUGAGCGGGGUAAACUAUAUAGCAAAAUGGCUCGAGAAGCAGAUGAAAAAGCGAGCAUGCAAAUUUUCAAGGCCAGGAACAAGGAGAUAGAAAAUGCUUUGACAAUUGAUUUGCAUGGGCAACAUGUUAAACAAGCAAUGAGGCUUGUUAAGCUUCAUCUUUUAUUUUCGACAUACAUAUCCUCUGUUCAAUAUAUCCGGAUAAUUACGGGUUGUGGGUCAAGUGGUCUUGGGAAGUCGAUGCUUAAACAAUCGGUGGUCUCCCUUCUAAUGAAGGAAAGAGUUUCGUGGAGCGAAGAAAACCAGGGUACAGUCCUUAUUAGACUUGACGGACCUAGAGAGUUCACCUUCCUCGACUCUGAAAGCGACAGUGAGUCUGAGUAGAGUUGAUUACUCUGAACUUUUAGAUUAUGUUAGGCUUUUAUAGGAUGAUUCACUCACAAAAAGUACAAAAGGUGAGUUAAAAUUUGUAUUUUUUAAUAAGGAUUGUUGCAAUAUAUAGGUAGCAUUAGUUCUGGGUGAGUCUAAUGCCACACACUCAGACAUUCAAAGACUAAAAAUUCCCCUAUUUAUGUUUGCGAUUCUUGUACAGAGUCUGAUUAAUGUCAAUCUCAAUACAUGCUGGAAUUAUUACUCUGAUGUUUCUAUCAAUUUGUGACUACGCCUUUAAGGGCGAGAACUUAUUAGUACUUGUUGGAACAUUA